GCACCCAAAUUAUGCAAGAAUCAAACUGUCUUUCGAUCUUAUCUUCUUGGAAUCAAAUUACAAACACUAUAAAUUCACUCAAACCCUUUACCAACUUCCAACUUUACAACAAUCAAGAAAAUGGGUUUCCAAAGUGACAUGGUUUACCCUGCAGCCUUUGGCUACAGGCAACAAGCCCAGCCCUAUGAGAAACAAGAAGACUACUACUAUUCCUACAAUGACUCUACCAGCAUGCAGUUGGUUCAUCCCCGCCCCCACUUUAACCCCGUCGAUGACACCAACCACGAGUACUUCAUCUCCGCCCCGCAACACCACGUGACCGCCGUGUCUGCUGGUGGGGGCGGUGGUGGCUACCCUGUCCCCCAGCAUGGCGGCGGUCACUAUGAACUGAACCCCAAGGACGCAUGCGGCAAAAAGUACGCCUCCGGUAGCCACCACUACUACGGUGGCACGGAGCAGUGCCACGACGGCGGGGACUACGACGACGACAACCGCCACCACUAUGGUGGCAAACCCUACUACUCGAUGAGAAAGCUGCCGUUCGUGCCUGAAUCUCAUGAGAUCCAUUAUCACAAGUUCAUGAGCGGUGGUUCCGGCGGCGGAAGCUACGGAUUUGAUGAAACGACGGUUGAUGGCUUUGCUCGUCCGGCGGCGGCGUUCAUGGAGGGUCCAAUGCGGCGUCCCAAGUUUGACUUUGCUGAGAAGAAGGUUGACCGCUGGGAGCUGAAGAGCAUUGAUUGAGGGCGAAACUAUAUAUAUAUAUACAGAUCGAAAUGGUUCAUCACUACUAUUUAUUAUGCGUACGUAUUAAAGAAUAACACUAAGAAAGUUACAAUUCCUAUAGUGUAUGUUUUUAUAUCUUCAAUAACUUUCAAAAUGGCUGCUAAAAAGCCAAUUAUGUCACUACAUACCCCUAGCUUGUUUCCAUGCAUGCAUAUCUAUGAAAUACGGAGUAUGAAGAUAUGACCGUUUUAUAAGAAAAUGUUACUCCUUUU